AUGCGGUGGUGGCCCUUCACCGCAUCGCCAAAAGCACCGACUACCGUGAACUUCAGGAUGAUGCGCGCCGACGUUCCGGCGGUCGACGUUCCGGCGCGGACGCUUCAGAGCUUCGGGGACAGCUGGCGGCGUUGGCGGCCAAGGCGGCUGAGGAGGUGGGCGCUGGCGAAGGUGGGCCCCUGGUCUGACACCAUGGAGGGCUAUGCGCCACGGUCCUGGGACCAGGAUUGGGGUCGUGGCUGGACCUCAGUGCACCGGAGCUUGAAGGUGCUUGGCCACUCCGCUUUGGAUCGACUGCAUGAACUGGACAGCCAUGGUCUGUCCAACGUGGCCUGGAGCUUUGCCAUCGCCCGGCCCGUGCCGGGUGCCUCCGCGGCGCAGAAGGUGGCGGAGAUGGCGCUGCGGAUUUUCCCGGACUUCCAAGCACAAGGUUUGGCAAACACGGCUUGGGCCAUGGCACGGCUCUUGGCAGAUCCAGAGGGCUCAAGUGAGCGACGGCUUUUGGAUUGCAUUGCACAAGAGGUGGCCAAGAAUGCCCGUGAUUUCACCCCACAAGGCUUGGCCAAUAUCGGCUGGGCCUUCGCGACCCUGGUGUGGCGCCAUGAGCUCUUGAUGAAUGCCGUGGCUCAGGAGUUGGCCGAAGGCGUCAGCACUUGGUCUCAACAGAACUUGGCCAACAUCCUUUGGGCUUUUGCCAAGGUCUUGGUGCAGCCUCGACCGGCUCGUGCCAUCCAAGCCGUGGCGGAAGACGUCCUGCUCACCUUGAACGCUUGGAGUGCUUUGAACAUGGCGAAUCUCACCUGGGCCUUGGCCAAGUUGGCCCUCCGCCACGAACGACUCUACAGCGCCAUUGAGCAUGAGUGCCAGCAGAAGCUUUGGCACUUCUCUCCCCAAAACUUGGUCAAUGUGGCCUGGGCCUUUGCCAAGGUGUUGCUGGUCCGCCGCAGCUUCUUCGAAGAGCUGGGCACCUGCGCCACGCAGUUGGCUCCCGACUUCAACCCUCAGAACUGCUCCAACGCCGUGUGGGCCUUUGCUGCGGCCAUGGCCAGCGGCCACGGGCCCUUGUUGGCGGCCGUGGCCCAGCGGGCGACUCGCUUAGCACCCGAGCUGGGACCGCAGGACUUGGCGAACCUUUCCUGGGCAUUUGCCAAGCUCAGUCGAAGGGACCAAGCCUUCGAGGAGACCAUGGCCUCUGAGGUCUUGCGCAAGGUGAAGAGCUGCUCGCCACAGCACUUGUCCAUCAUCGCCUACUCUUUUGCACAGAUGAUGGCAGCCUCGGGAGGACGAGAAGGGCCUGAGGAUGGACUGUGUGCACCAUCAGCUGCACGCAUGGUGGAGGUGGUCUUGGACACUGCCUUGCAACGGGUGAGGGAGUUCGACGCCCAGGGGCUAACGAACCUGGCUCAAUCCUUGGCGAAGCUGGAGAUACAAAACGACUCCAUGCUUGAUGCCUUGAUCCAGGAAGCCGGCCCCAAGAUCUCCACCUUUUCCAACCAAGAGCUGGCCAUGCUGGCCUGGGCCACCGCGCGCCUGGGCCGCUUCCAGGGCCGCGCGCUGCGCCUGGUGGCGCAGGCCACGAAACACCGGCUCGGCGAGCUGACGCCGCAGGACGUGAGUGUGUUGGUGUGGUCCUUUGCUCGAAGUGGCAUGUUUGAGGAAGAUCUCGCUGAUGAGGAAGUGGGUGUCAAAGGAAAAAAAGACUCCAACCUCGGGACAGCCAUGCUGAAGACCUUGACGGAGACCAUCCUGCGGCUGAUCCCCGAUCUGACGCCACAGGACCUGUCCACGAUCAUUUGGGGCUACGCCACUCGCGGCGUGGACGACAAUCCCGAGCUCAUCGAAGCCGUGGCCGAUGAGGCAGUCGGAAAGAUCGCGCACUUUGCACCCCAGGAUAUGGCGAAUGUGGCCUGGGGCUUGGCAAAGCUUGGGCUCUUGCAUGAGGAGUUGUUCCAGGUGCUCUCGAAGGACUUGGUCAGGCGGAUCGAUGAGUGUCAGGCGCAACACCUCUCCAUCGCCGCCUGGUCCUUUGCCAAGCUGGGCGCCGCUUCGCCGAAGCUCUUUUGGGCCAUCGGGCAAGCGUUGUCGAUGCGGGCCGAGCAACUGGAUCCCCAAGGUGUGGGAAAUAGCCUUUGGGCAUUUGCUGUUCUGUGCUUUUGGCACGAGCCCUUCGUACAGGCCUUGGGCCGCCGGGCCGUGCGCAGCUUCGGUGAGCUCACUGCACAGGAAAUGGCCAAUGUAGCCUUCGGUCUUCGAACACUCUUGUGCUGGCGCAGGCAAAGCAAGGAUCCUUCUGCUGAGAAUGACGUUGUGGCAGUGGAGAGACUGCUAAGAGACUUCCUGUGUGCAGCGAGCAGCUCCUUUUGUCGUAAGGCCAUGUCCGAGGGCGCGAGCUGGACGGACUUCGCCAACGUGGCCAAGGCCGUGGCGGAGGAGACCCAGGAAACCCAGGAACUGACAGAACUGGAGGCGCACUUCAGAGCCCUGCACUUGGAGCCCUUGUUCAAGGGCCUUGAGCAUUUGCAGCGUGGCGAAGCAAAUGCACUGCAGCAGCUGCAAGAGGUCCUAGAUGAAGCCUCCACUGGUGCAUCCCGAGACGGUCCGGGAGGCGUGCCCCACCUGGGCGAAGUCUACUCGGCGGAGGCCUUGUGCCACCUGGGGUUGAAUCCCCGCUCGGCCGAGGGCGAGCCGCCUUGGUCUCCUGGAGCUCAGGCAGUGCCAGAGUGGAUCGACCAUGCCCGACAAGAGUGUCGGGAGAGCAACCGCGUGUGGCAGAUCCCCGCCACGGACAGCGUCAUCGCCCACGUUUGCUGGGAUGUCAGCUACAUGGAGAACACUUGGCGGAACACAGGUCGAGUGUAUCACGCCGCAUCUCAACGUGCACAAGCGCGUGGGGUCGUGGUGCCAAAUGUGGCCAAGCACAUUGAGGAGCUCUUGGCACCGCUGCGGCAGCACCUGCGCCGCGACAGUCACCCCGAGCGUUUGGCCUUGCUGGAGCUCUUGAGCGCCCUCGAAGUGGAGUGCGGCGAGGAGCAAGAGGUCAGCUUGCACGGUCGCUUGCAACGUUGUGAGGGACACGUGCGCAUCUACGUGUCACAGUAUCCAUGCGUGUCCUGCCUCGCGGUCUUUUGCCAGUUCCGACGAUGGUGUCCCCAGAUCCAGAUGGAAGUGGCCUUUGACAAUGCGUGGACCAGCUUUUGCGGGCGACCGAGGAACCGGGUCUGAGCUCUCCGAGUCGGCGUUGCCCCGAAGCUGACGGCAGACGGGCACGGAGGCGAUCGCGCGAAAAGAUCCACCUGAACCCAGCAUGGCCGUCGCGGUGACGCCCGUGGCGCGGUCGUGACGGUGCGGCCUGGGCCGUUGCGGAUCAAGAGCGAAGUCUUGGAAGAUCUGAAAUGGGACUGGAAGAUGUGCUUCUCAUUGCUUCUCAGUCCUUGGAAUCUCGUGUCACCCUCGUCUUGACGAAUUUGGGCGGCUUCGCCGGCUUCGGCAUGGCUAGACCAGUCCUGAGUUGGCGGGGGCAUCUCGAGCUUCGAUCGCUCUCGCAGGUUGGGACCG